AUGUCUACACAUGGAGAAUCGUCAUCCAAGGCUGAUGAGACUAAACCCUCAGAAACCACAGCCACCAGUAACAUUCGUCUCAAGUUUGAUGGACUCCCUAAACUACAAGGGCAAUCCAACUACCAAACUUGGGCGAGUGCCUGGAGGAUAACGUUCGAUGAUGUAGACUGGUGGGAAGCGUUGAGCAUCGAGAACCCUGACGAGAAUGACACCGAACUCAGCAAAACCGAGAUAAAGAAAGCUCGUAAACAAAUGCACAGCCUUCUCAUCUCUGCUGUAUGCGAAGAAAUACAACCAACAGUCGUCUCCGCCGAAAAUGCAUUCUACGCAUGGAAGGCGCUCAAAGACCUCUACGAUCGUGUCUCACCCAACACCACGAUCACCCUCCUCAGCCGCGUCCUAGACACGAAGAUGCAAGAAGGCGGAUCACUGACUGAACAUCUCGCAACCUUCGAUGCGAACUGGAAUACUCUCAAGUCCAGAUGCCAAAGCGCAGACCACAAACUCGCUCAGGCCCUCCUACCCCUCACCAAAUCUAACGAAGCCAUGGCGGCAUUCCUCCUAAGCUCGCUACCCAAAUCGAUGAGCAACGUUGUCGACAACAUCCAGACCAAACAGGAUGUUACCUACGAAGACGUUCGCCAACGACUACAGAACCUGGAUGAGGUAGCCCCUCAAACAGGAAACAAAGUGCUCCAUACCAGGAGUACUACAAGCGACAAGGAAUGCACCUGGUGCAAGAAAAGGGGUCAGCCUUACAAAGGCCACGAGUACACGGAGUGCAGAAAGCUCAAAGAACAGAACAAGAACAGGAAGGGAAGGAGAAAGGACAACUCGGCAUCGGUUGUAGUAAAUGACUCUACAACCACUAUCUGUAUGGUACGCCACGACAUCUCCCAACCCCUUACUUGGAUCCUUGAUUCUGGAGCGACCUCUCACGUCACACCCUUCCAAGACCAACUCAUCAACAUCCGACCUCACACCGGCAAUGUCCGAACAGCUGAUGGAACCAACCACGCUGUCACCGGAAUGGGAAGCGCUAGUUUCAGCUGCCACCUUCCCGAUGGAAGUAGAUCUUCCAUACUCCUCACCGAUGUGCUGUUGGUCCCAACCUUGGGAAAUGUGGGAUUGGUCUCCGAAACCGUGCUCGACAAAAAGGGAUUUAGAACGGAGUCAGGAGGAGGAAGCAAGUUGGUUACAAAAGAAAAGAAAGGAAUAAUUUGGGCAAAAUUGGAAAAGGGACUUUGGAAUGUACAAGUAGUUAGCAAUACAGUUCGUUUGACCACUUACGAUGAAUGGCAUCAAGCGUUAGGCCACCCUGCGACACUAGAAAACUUGUAUCACGACAUUCAAAGGCUGCCUCCCAAACCAGAAAGUUUCCACUGCAGUCAAUGUGCACUAUCAAAAAGCGUAUAUAAGAAACCUGCACCAAUUAGUACUAGAUCCAAACGACCAUUCGAACUAAUCCACUCAGAUCUAUCUGGAAAGUUCAGUAUACAGUCACAAGGAAAAGCUCAGUACUAUAUGUCCUUCAUCGAUGAUUACACCCGCUUCGCAUGGAUAUAUCUCCUGAAACAAAAAGAAGACGCAAAGAAGGCCAUCAAGGACUACGUUACAAGAAUCGAGAAACAGUAUAGCACAACAAUACUGAGAUUCAGAACGGAUGGUGGUGGUGAAUACAUCAACAAGGACAUAACGAACUACUUCGACACACAAGGAAUAGUUCAUGAACAGACUCCCCCAUACACUCCUGAAUCUAAUGGAGUUGCAGAACGAUUCAACAGGACGGUAACCACAAUGGUCAGGUGCAUGAUCAUGGACCAUCCUAAGUCGUUAUGGGGAGAAGCAUACGCAACAGCUGUCUACCUCAAAAACAGGCUACCUCACAGUACGCUUAAGGGAAAGACCCCCUUUGAAGCCCUGAAAGGAACCAAGCCAAGUAUACAACACCUUCAACCAUUCGGUAAAAAAUCCUAUGUCCACAUCCCAGAAAACUCUAGGCCAGCAGGAAGCAAACUAGCACCCCGAGCGUAUGAAGGAAUUAUAGUUGGAUACUCAGACAGUAGUAAAAUAUACCGUAUCUGGAUAGGAACACAAUAUAGGGUAAUUGAAAGUCGGGACGUCACAUUCCCCCCUCCUGAAUCAGGGGAAGUCUCAGUGGAACUCGACUUCAUCCCCAGCCUGAAACCGGAAACGGCAAAUGCACCAUCAGACGACGGAUACGAAUCAGAAGACAGGUCUGAUCCAGAACCCGAGUCAAAUGCAAUCGAAGAGAACCGUACAGAAAUGCCAGGAUUGUUCCCGGAAUCACCGGAACAGGUUAGAAAACCACCACCGGCUACACCAAACAAGAGAAAAGAACCUGCCAUACCUAUGGGACAACCGCGAGACCCAAGAGAUAACUGGGAGACAAUUCCAGCACCAAUUGUACCAUUCAAAGGCUUCAAAGGAAAACCACUUGUGUCAACGACACCCAAAGGUACACCACCACAACCUCCAAAACAAUCAGAUCCACCACCAGCUCCAAGACGAUCGAAUCGCGUCCGUAAGAAAAUGGAUUAUGAACUUGAUAAGGAAAUAAGAAGGAAGGAAUACAACAACAAGGUAAUACAACUACAGGAACAACAAAAAGGAUAUAUUGAAUCAGUUAGAGAGGACGGUCCAAUGGAUCAAGGGGAAUGUCAAGCAAUGAUUGAAGAAUUCAAAGCCGACAUCAGAAAAGCCAGAAAGGACCUGGACCUAGAAUACCAAGAUAUAUCCAAUGAACCUGCGAUCUACCGUGUACACCUUGUAACCGAACCUUCAACCUAUCAUCAAGCCAUGAACAGCGACGAUCAAGACCUAUGGAAAAAGGCGAUACAGACUGAAAAAGACGCCCUUGACAAAGCCCAUACCUGGGACAUUGUCAACCGACCAACCAACCGAGCAGUAGUCAAAGGGAAGUGGUACCAAGACUACGAUGAGACCUUCGCCCCCGUUGCACGAUAUGAUUCUCUACGACUCCUACUAGCACUAGCUACACACAACGGUUGGAUACCACAACAAAUGGACGUCAAGUCAGCCUUCCUGUAUGGUGUACUCAAGGAGGAAAUCUACAUGGAACUGCCUGAAGGCUACAGGCAGGACAACAAGGUUUGUAAACUUCGAAAAUGCAUAUACGGACUAAAGCAAUCACCCCGUGAAUGGUAUGCUUGCCUAGCAGACUCCCUUCAACGGAAAGGAUUCGUCCCAGCCAAAUUCGACCCAUGCGUCUUCAUACAUAAAAACCACCAUCUAUACAUAUCGGUGUAUGUAGACGAUAUCAUGAUAUUCGGACCCGACUCCCCAUUCAGAAAAGAAAUCAGACAACUACUCAAGGCAGAUUUCGAAUGUACGGAUCUCGGUAACUCGAAGUUCAUACUGGGAAUAGAAAUAACGGUAACCAACAACGGUAUCACGCUAUCACAACGCGUAUACAUCAACAAGAUCCUGGAUAAAUUUGGAAUGAGUAACUGCAAACCAGUUGGCACACCACUCGAACCGAACCUCAACCUUCACAAAGGCGAACCGGAAGCCCAAAUCGAGAAACCAACUGAGUACCAAUCCAUAAUAGGAUCACUGAUGUACUCGAGCAUAGCUACCAGACCUGAUAUCACCCAUGCCGUUACCGCUCUCUCUCAGUACUCCUCAUGUCCAACCGAGGACCACCUACGAGCAGCCAAGCGAACUCUCCGAUACCUCAACGGAACCAAAGACUGGAACCUGUUCUACCCGAAGGGGAAUACUAGAACACUCGACGGAAUCUCAGACAGGAAGUCAGCCAUCAGCUGGAGAAGCCGGAAGCAGAAAUCAGUCGCAGUCUCAACAACAGAAGCCGAAUACAUGGCCCUAUCCCUCGCAGCUCGACAACUGGUAUGGAUUCGUAAUGCCUUGCACGAACUCCAACAACAAUACCAGUACUUCAUACACGCCGACAACACAGGUUCUAUUGAACUCUGUCGGAACCCACGCAUCCACGACCGGCCCAAACAUAUCGACGUUCACUACCACUAUACACGUGAACAACUCGAAGCCGGAACCUUCGAAAUCCUCUACGUCCCUACCGAAGACAAUGUCGCGGACAUAAUGACCAAAGGACUACCAAAACCAGCUCACCAAAAAUUGUCAGAAUUGAUACGAUGUGGCAAGUGA